AUGGAGACCAUCAGGGGUCUCCUGUGGAAGCCCACACCAGAGGAGCAGAAGCGUAAAUGCAACGCCCUCGUCCGCCAAAAUGUCCGCAAACUCGACCGCGACAUCCAACAGCUCAAAGCCACGGAGCAAAAAACCAAAACGCUGAUCCAACAAUCCUCCAAACGCGCCCAACGCAACCCUUCUAUGGCAAAGCAAGCCAACCAAGACGUGCGCAUCUUCGCCCGCGAACUCAUCCGCGUACGGAAACAAAACAAUCGGCUCAUGACGUCCAAGGCGCAGCUCAAUAGCGUGCAGAUGCAAGUCAACGAAGCCUUCUCGGUGCGUAAAAUCGAAGGCAGCAUCAAGGCGAGCACAGGCAUCAUGAAGGAUGUAAACAGUCUGGUGCGAUUGCCAGAACUGACGGGCACAAUGCGGGAGCUAAGCUCUGAGCUGAUGAAGGCGGGUAUCAUAGAGGAGAUGCUGGAUGACACGUUGGGCGAGAACGAGAUGUUGGAGGGUGAGGCUGAUGAAGCCGAGGAGGAGGUUGACAAGGUAUUGAGUGAGGUGCUCAAGGAUAGGUUACCGCCGAGUAAAGCCAAGGAGGAAGAACUACCUAGUGCGCCACAAGCUGAGGAGGAGGAAGAAGACGAUCAGGCCGAAAUGCUCGCCCAGAUGCGGGGACGGCUUGAGGCGCUCAAGAGCUGA